AUGCUCACUGGGGAGGUUGUCAAGCCAUGGGUCACGGACAAGGACUUCUACGAGCAGCUCUCGUACUAUGUCACGUACUUCGUCGCCUUUCUGGGUAUCGCGGGCGCGGUCAUCCGGGUGUACUUCUCGUGGACGCAGACUCCGAACGUCGGCAACCUCUGUCUGAUCAUGGAGGACGAGUUCGAGACGUUUGACACCAAGUACACGUGGUUUCAAGAGGUGGAUAUGGGUGGAUUUGGCAACGGGGAGUUCGAGAUGACGACUAACUCGCCCAACAACUCCUUCGUACAAGACGGCAAGCUCUACCUCGUCCCCACCCUCACUUCAGACGUUAUCGGGAAGGACAACGUCCUCAACGGGUACACGUACAACAUCACUGGUUGCACGUCGGUCAACACGACAUCCGGCUGCGGCGCUGUCUCGAACCUUACCGCCGGCACCGUCAUCAACCCUGUCAUGAGCGCGCGCAUCUCCACCAAGAACAGUCAUCACAUCCAGUACGGGCGUGUUGAGGUCAUCGCAAAGCUCCCUACCGGCGACUGGAUAUGGCCCUCCAUCUGGAUGCUGCCCGUGGAGGAGACGUACGGCGCCUGGCCCGCGUCGGGCGAAAUUGACAUCAUGCAAGCGCGCGGGAACCCGCCCGAAUACCCGGCACAGGGCAUCGACUACGUCCGCGGUUCCCUCCAGUGGGGCCCGUUCACGUGGCUCAACGGCGUGAGCAAGACAUUCGGCUGGUGGACGAACCGGCGCAAGACCUUCGCGGACGGCUUCCAUUCGUAUGCGCUCGAGUGGAGCCCCGAGUUCGUGCGGAUCUACGUCGACUCGCGGCUCACGUACAUGCUCAACAUGAAGUUCGACGAGCCGUUCUUCGACCGCGGCGACUUCCCAGCCAUCGUCCAGAACGGAUCGCAGUUCAUCGAAACGCCGAACCCCUGGUUGACCGGGACGAAGAACGUCGCGCCGUUUGACCAACCCUUCUAUCUGAUCAUGAACGUCGCUGUUGGCGGCACGAGCGGGUGGUUCCCGGACGGCGAUGGCGACAAGCCGUGGCUCGACCACUCUCUGACUGCUAUGCGCGACUUCGCUGAGCGUCAGGAUACGUGGUACGCGACAUGGCCCAAGAACAUCGCUGACCGCUCGAUGGUCGUAGAGUCCGUCAAGAUGUGGCAGAGAUGUUGA